ACUCUACGUUAUAACGCGACUAUAAUGUUUUAUGAUUAUAUGAACUCUACAGUUGCAGAUUGGGAAGAGGAUAUUCCCAAAAAUAAAUCGAAAUUUAUAAAACCGGCACCUAAAGAAAGGAAUAAACCAAUUAAAAAUAAUACAUCUCCAAGUAUAAAACAAAAUGAAAUUAAAAAACCCAACUUUAAGUCUAAAAAAAAAUUGCAUACAAAUACUAAGAAAACAAUAGUUAAUCAUGUAAACCAAACUAAAAAAACAACAAAAGCUAAUGUAAUAAUAAAUAAUAGUGAAGAUAAAACAAUAACAAAACCUGCUAAUGACGAAAUGGAACAAAUUGAAAAUAAAAAACCAAAACAAAAUAAAAUUAUAAAUGCUCCUAAAGAGGAAGAAAGCAAUACGAAACAUAAAAAUUAUUAUGACACAGAUAAUUUAGACGAAUUAAUACUUCUUGAGAAAAAGAAAAAAUUAAACAAACUUAAUAAUGACGAUGUUGAAAAAAUGUUUCAUGAAGAAUAUUCAAAGGAGAAAAAAAUUAAAACUAAAAAUGCACGGAAGAAAGAAUUAAUGAAAUCAGUUUUGCAAAAGGAGACUCAUAGAAAUACUAUAAAUAUUAGUAGUAGCAAUGCCUUGCGAGAGAGGAUGUUGGAGAGGCUUAAAGCUGCAAAGUUUCGGUUUUUAAAUGAAAAAUUGUACACCUCAACUGGAGCAGAUGCACAGAAACUAUUUGAAGAAGACCCUACAGCAUUCCAAACAUACCACGAAGGGUACCAGCAGCAAAUGAAGAAGUGGCCGGUCAAGCCACUAGAUGUCAUCAUUCAACGGAUACAAAAAAUGCCGAAGAGCUACACGGUGGCGGACAUGGGCUGCGGCGAGGCGGAGCUGGCGCGGCGCGCGGCGCAGCGCGUGCGCUCGUUCGACCUCGUGGCGCGCGCGCCCGCCGUGGAGGCGUGUGACGUCACGCGCACGCCGCUGGCCGCCGCGCAGACCGACGUGGCCGUGUACUGCCUGGCGCUCAUGGGCACCGAGCUCACGCGCUACCUGCUCGAGGCCAACCGGGUGCUCCGCGUCGGCGGUCAUCUGUUGAUAGCCGAAGUCGAGAGUCGUUUCGAUAACGUGGACGACUUUGUUCGAGACGUUCAGAAGCUGGGAUUCAGUCUCAAGAAGCUUGACAAGACACACGAGGUGUUCUACUUCAUGGAGUUCACUAAGAUACGGGACCCGCCCGUUAAGAAGUCGAAGUUACCGAUAUUGAAAUUGAAACCUUGUAUCUAUAAAAAGCGAUAAAUAAAAAUAUAUACUGAAU